GGGAAGGCCAGCAACGUUCACCAUAUUUCAUUAUCAUACCUCUCAAAUCGGAUAUAAUUAAACUAACCAUGGAUGACUCAACCGAAGAUGAUUGCGGCCGCAUUCUGCGCCGGAUUCGAGAGAUCCUUUUCGACUUUCUUGGAACGAUCGGUUCAGGCACGAUGCGAAUACUUGGGGAUACUCCGAAUAGUAUGCUUGACCCCAAAGAUUAUUUAGGAUCUAUACGCCCCUUUGCCACACAGGUUCAGGAUUGUCUCCAUGAAUACAAUGCAAACAACGAGACUUGUUUUGUCGCAGUCAAUAUCUACCCCGGCAAGCACUCCUAUUUUGUGGUUGAUCUCAAUAAUACCAAUUAUGACUAUCAGACUGCUCAUGAAUGCAAGACAUCGAUUCCCGUCUAUGUCCUUCGCCUUUCAAAAAGAAACCCGAAGAUUUUCAGAAAACAAGAACUGGAUGAACAAAUUGCUGAGACUCUCAGGAUCAUGCAUAAUGGCCAUGGUCAAGACCCUCUACCUUUGUUUGACAAUUAUUGUGACAAGAAUCGACAAUACUGCAACCCACGCAGCCUCCAACGUUGAAUUUUGAGUUUGCCACUGACGAUGCAUGUACAAUGAAUCUUGUUACCUUCCUGUUGAAAGCUGUUAUUACCCCCGAACGCCUGCCUGAGGGAAUAAAGUUGUUUAGUUGAUCGAUAAUAUUAUUUAGUUAAAGUAGGCUUAAUUCAACUUGUGCUGGGGGCAUGAU